AUGGGUUACAUGGUUUUGUUCGACGAGGCCAGGGCUUGGCAUGAGGAUAAAAGUGGCAUGGAGAAUGUUAUUGUCAACUACUUUACAAAGCUAUUUAACUCUCAGGGGGUAAUGGAUGCGACAAAGAUUUUACAGGUGGUCAAUCCUAAGGUGUCAUUUGAAAUGAAUCAAGAACUUCUUAGUAGCGGGUUUAUGGAGGAGGAAGCAAACUUGAUUUUAAGUAUCCCGUUGAGUUUAUUUAGUCUGGUGGAUUCCAUGAUACGGACUAAAGAAUCGAAAGGUGUAUUUACAACGAAGAGUACUUAUUUUGUGGCACGAACAUGUCAUGGUUUGGGUGGGGAGGAACCGGUUGGCUCUACACUAAAUGAGGAAACAAAAUUUUUAUGGAAAGCUUUGUGGCGUGCCAAGGUCCCAGGGAAAGUCGAAAUUUUUGUUUGGCGUGGGUGUAUGGAUGCAUUGCCUUCGAAGGUGAAUUUGAAGAAUAGACGAGUUCUUCCGGAGGAUAUUUGUGGGUUCUGCAAUAAAGAGGCAGAGACAGUUGUGCAUGCUUUAUUACAGUGCCCACAUUCUGCUGCUAUUUGGUUUGGUAGCCCUUUGGGAAUUCGUUCGUUUUCUAAGGUCGAAGACUGUUUUGGUGGGUGGUUGACCAACAUGGCCAAAAUAGUAACUAAGGAUAGUUUUGAGUUGAUUCUUGUGUUAGUGUGGAGUGAAUGGAAGGUAUGCAAUGAGUAUUUAUGGAAUGGUGUUGCGGCAUCCCCUUUAGAUGUCCAACUUAAACCUCAAACGUGGCUGUCAAAAUUCAAGAAAUGGAAUGAGGUUCAAUUGCCUGAAGCAACAGUUCGUGUUCAGCAAUGGAAGCACCUAAACUUUGGUUGGAUCAAGUGUAAUUUCGAUGCUGCUUGGGAGGAGAAUAGUUCAUGUGGGGGUGUUGGGAUUGUCGUUCAAAAUGCCACAGGUGGUUUCAUAGCUGCAAUGGUGAGUCGGGAGUAUCGAAUUGAUUCGGCUUUGCAUGCUGAAGCUGCUGCUGCAUGGGCAGCAGCUGUGUUUGUGCAGCGUUGGUGUGAGGAACAGUUGGCAGACUCAUGUUGUCUACCACUGAGUUUGCCAGAGGUUGUAGUAGAAUAUCUCGUGCCGGCAUGGGCCAAGGGAAAAACUAGAAAAUCAUCGAAGCAGAAAUCAACUGGUAAAACGGUGGAUAUUCCCGAAAUUGAUGAACACAGUAGGAAUGAGAUGGGAAAAGGAGAUUCUGAAGAAAAUGGAGGCCUUAAGGAUCAGCAUGAUGCUAUGGAUGAAAAUGGCUCUCUGCCCCAGUCUCAGACAGGUUUGCUUGAGGAGAAGAAUUAA